AUGCCAUUUGAUAAACUCAAAAACAUCGAUGGUAAAUUUGUUAAAUCACCGAAUAAUCAAAAACGACCGUUGAGAAGUGAUGAACCAAUUCAAGAAAAAAAGUUGAAAACCUCUCCUUCAGAGAUAACAGAAUCAAUUGAUGUUAAACAUAUUCUUCCAAAGUCAGUUUCCACAGCACCAGCUACAAUACCAGAGAGAAAAAAAUAUAUAGAAAGAAUUGCAUCGAUUAUGUUAAAGAUCAAUCCAUCAAUUGCAACCCCUAACUUAAAAGCCAUAGAAUUUGAGUAUGAAAUCGCGAAAAGUUCAACUACAAGAACAUAUGCCUCCACACUAAGAAAUGCGGUAUAUAAAUUGGAGCAUCCAGAGAAAUUUGAUAAAGUCAAAAAUAAACCUACAUUAAGCUCAGCGGAAGAAUUGAAAGCUUUAAGAUCGUUGAUUAUUCCAGUUAGUAAAUUACUGAAAUAUGGUUAUAUAAUGACGCCACCAACUUCAAAACCAAACGAAAGCUUAACUAGAAUAUGUAGUAGAUGUGGCACUGAAUUCAAAUUAAGUCAACAGUUGGAAAAAACAAAAUGCUUUUUUCAUCAUGGAAAAAUACGUCGUAAAAUAGAAACUAAGUCAAGAUAUUUUGAUUGUUGUAUGGCUCCACCGGAUAGUCAAACUCCUUGUGAUUCAUCUGAACAUCACGUUUUCCAAAUAACAUCACCAGAAGAAAAACAAUCCAUACUACCUUAUAAGUAUACAAGUGACUUAUUUAAAUCAAAGGGAAAAUACGAAGUUCUUGGGAUUGAUUGUGAAAUGGGAUUUACUACUAAGGGUUUUGAACUAAUGAGAAUUACUGCUGUUGACUAUUUCACUUUGAAAACGGUAUUGGAUAUUUAUGUAUUACCUUUUGGAGAAGUUGUUGAUUUAAAUACAAGAUAUUCUGGAAUAUCGAAAAUUGAUGAUAAAUUUAUGAGUUACGAUCAACUGAUGAAAAAAUUAGGAGCAAUUAUGGGAAAAGAUACAAUUUUAAUUGGUCAUGGAUUAGAAAAUGAUAUGAAUACUAUGAGAUUGAUUCACAAUAAUAUAAUAGAUACUUCAAUUUUAUAUCCUAAAUUUGAAACAAGUCCUACUUUCAGAUUAAGUUUAAAAGAUUUGGCUUUUAAAUAUUUGAGUAAAAACAUUCAGGUUGGGGAACAUGAUAGUGCAGAGGACUCAAUCGCCGCAAUUGAAAUUGUGAAAUUUCAUAUUAAUAAAAAACUAUGA